CCUCUGUAAUCCCAAAUAUAUCCCGGCAGGGCCCGGAGCGGCACGCAGUUCCCAGGCAGCGGCGCCCCAGCCCAUGGCCGUCGCCCCGUGACCCGGGACCGCCGCCGAAUGACGAGCGGAAAGCCGGCGUGCGGGAGCGCAGCCAGGUUCCCUGCUGCUCUGCCGCAGGAGCCGGGAGAGGAGGAUGCACGGAUCUGAAAAGCAAGCUGGUGGACAGCAGCGCUGACGGCGGCGGGGCCAAGCCCGGGGCCAGCGCGGCGGCGGGGGCGGGCGGCCGGAGCCCGGCGCGGCAGCAGCAGCAGCCGCAGCAGCAGCAGCACCGCGCCGAGGGCGGCAGCACCAUGGACAGCUCAGGUGCCUCGUCACCAGACAUGGAGUCCAGCUAUGGAGGAGGCUUGCUAGAUAUGGUGAAAGGAGGAGCAGGGAGACUCUUCAGCAAUUUGAAGGAUAACCUGAAGGAUACCCUGAAGGAUACAUCUUCAAAGGUCAUGCAAUCUGUUGCCAGUUACACCAAGGGAGAGCUAGAUAUUUCGUACAUUACCUCAAGAAUCAUAGUGAUGUCUUUUCCGGCUGAAGGCGUUGAGCUGGGAUUCAGGAACCACAUUGAAGAUGUAAGGACGUUUUUGGAUUCCAGGCAUCCUGACCACUACACCGUCUUCAACUUGUCACCCAAGUAUUAUCGCAGUGCCAAGUUUCACAACCGGGUAUCCGAAUGUAGCUGGCCAGUACGACAAGCGCCCAGUCUGCACAACCUCUACGCUGUCUGUAAGAACAUGCACAACUGGCUACAGCAGAACCCAAAAAAUGUGUGUGUCAUCCACUGCAUGGAUGGCCGUGCAGCCUCAGCCGUUCUGGUCAGUGCGAUGUUCUGUUUCUGUCACCUCUUCUCUAAUCCAGGCCCUGCUAUGCAGCUGCUGAACACAAAGAGACCUGGAAUUGUCCUGUGGCCAUCUCACAGGAGAUACAUAGGAUACAUUUGUGAUCUAAUAGCGGACAAGCCCGUCAUUCCUCACUGCAAACCACUUACUAUCAAGUCAGUCACCCUCAGUCCAGUCCCUUGUUUCAACAAGCAACGAAACGGCUGCCGGCCCUUCUGCGACGUUCUCAGCGGAGAAACCAGAAUCCUUACCACUUCCCAGGAGUAUGAAAGAAUGAAAGAAUACCGUGUGCAAGAAGGGAAAGUCCUGAUUCCACUGGGAGCCACUGUCCAUGGAGACGUCGUCGUUUCUGUCUACCAUAUGAGAUCGACCAUCGGGGGACGCCUUCAAGCAAAAAUGACCAACACACAAAUAUUCCAAAUUCAAUUCCAUACUGGAUUCAUAGCCCUGGGAACAACCACACUAAAAUUCACCAAGCCUGAACUGGAUGCCUGUGACUCUCCAGACAAAUAUCCUCAGCUCUUUCAUGUUAUACUGGAGAUAGAAAUACAGUCUACUGAUAGACAAACUGAAUUAACUCCCCCGUGGGAGAACUUCACAACAAAAGACAUCAAUCCCACCAUUCUCUUCUCCUCUCAUCAGGAGCAUCAGGACACUCUUGCUUUGGCGGGUAGAGGUCCCACUGAUUCACCCCAGGAUAACAUAAGAAAUGUUGGACAGAGUGCAUUCUUCUCAUCUCUCAGCUGGCAAGAUCAGAAAUCUGACAAAAGUAGCUCUCACCCCACCUCAGAGGAUCGAGCAGCGUUGGUGCAUGAGGAAAGCGAACAGUCAGAUGACGAACUCUUGUCCCUUUCCAGUCAGCACAGUAAUGCCAGUGGUGACAAGCCUCACGGGACACCAAAACACAGCAAAAAGCAGCAAGAGCCUCCAGCACCGCCUCCACCUGAAGACGUGGACCUGCUGGGCCUGGAUGGUAGCCCUAUGAGCAAGAGUUUUCCCUCGCAGCCCACUGCUGCCCCCUCCAACUCAGACUUGCUGAAUGAUUUGUUUGGGGUUGGUGGGCCAAGUUCCCAGAGUCAAAGUGGACAGCCUGCUGCUGAGGAGGUCUUCCAUGUGGGAGGACCUGGAUCUGUGCAGUCAACGCCUCGGCGUUCCGCAGCUUCGGCAUCCCCAUCCCCGUCCCCAAGGGUAGGAGAAGCAACUGCCUUUGAUCCAUUUGGAAGUAGCCCUAAGCAAACUGGUCCAGACCUCCUGGGUUCCUUUCUUGGUUCAUCAGCUGUCUCUGGUGAUCCUUUUCUUCAAGCAACAAGAAGUCCUUCACCAACUGUGCACAGCGAUCCCUUUCACAUGGCUUCUAGCACACCAACGGUUUCCAUACAGCCAGAUGUUUCCGGUGGUUGGGACUGGCCCAACAAACCAGGUGGCCUAGGUGUGGGAAGUAAGUCAGCUGCCACCAGUCCUACUGGAUCCCUCCAUAGCACUCCCACUCAUCAGCCUAAACCCCAAACACUGGAUCCAUUUGCUGAUCUGGGAACUCUUGGAGCAAGUUUAGCAGGUGGCCCUUCGUUUGCCAGUAAACCAACCACGCCAACAGGCAUGGGCGGAGGAUUCCCCCCCUCGCCGCAGAAACCCUCUCCCCAGCCCAUGGGCGGCAGUGGCUGGCAGCAAGGAGCCGGCUAUGGCUGGCAGCAGGCGCAACCCAAAGCCCAGCCAAGCAUGCCUCAUGCCUCGCCCCAGAACAAGCCCAAUUACAAUGUGAGUUUCUCAGCAAUGCCGGGAGCACAAAACGAACGCGGAAAAGGACCAGCUAAUGUUGAUUCAAAACCAAAAGUGUCUGCAGAUUUUGAAGAUCUACUAUCUGGUCAAGGUUUUAAUGCCCAUAAGGACAAGAAGGGCCCCAAAACAAUAGCUGAGAUGAGAAAAGAAGAAAUGGCUAAGGAGAUGGACCCUGAAAAACUCAAAGUCCUGGAAUGGAUUGAAGGGAAGGAGAGAAAUAUAAGAGCCCUGCUGUCCACAAUGCAUACAGUCUUAUGGGCAGGGGAGACCAAGUGGAAACCUGUUAGUAUGGCAGAUCUUGUCACGCCAGAGCAAGUGAAGAAGGUCUACCGGCGGGCAGUGCUUGUCGUUCAUCCUGACAAGGCUACUGGGCAGCCAUAUGAACAAUAUGCAAAGAUGAUAUUUAUGGAGCUAAAUGAUGCCUGGUCAGAAUUUGAAAACCAAGGACAAAAACCCUUGUAUUAACUACUUUCUCAGUCUCCACUACAGACCUGUGCUAGUGCUUAUAUAGUCUCUUGUCACAAAUGUCACAGAUCAACCAAACUCUGGCUGGAAAUUCAGAAGUUUUGUAAAACUAAGAGCCUAAUACUUAUCAUGGAGAACAAGAGAAAGGUUUCCUUAUACUUGUAGCAAGAAUUCUGAGCUCAGAGGAACUCUAGCCACCUGGCUUGCCAUGUGAGAGCCACGGGGUUACAGUUUCUUGGAACUUUUCUAUUUUUCUUUGGAUUCAAGUGGGGCGAGAGAGGACACAUUCUAGGAAAAGGCGGAAUUGUUCUGUCUCUGACACAGUGUAGCUAGUGAAUUUCCUAUUUAUUUUUUUUUGUGUGUGUGAUAUGGCAACACUUCAGUUGAGUUCAAUAACUGGUGGUGAAGCCCAAACUUUGAUGUACUUUCUUUCUAGGUUUGGAUCAACCUUUAUCAAAUUUAAGUGCUCAGAUGUGGUUUAGGCGCACUUCUAACAGUCACCAUUUGCUGCUUAAUUGCUCCUACAGUGUAGUAUGCCUGAAUAGAGACAAAGCUGAAUCCUGGGUUAGAUCAGUGUGGCAGCUGACUGCUGCUGCUUUAUGCAUUAGUACUGUACUUCACCUCACAGAACAGGGAAUUGGAGGGGAAGAGUGAACCCAGAUUUGUAAAAGUGAAGAAUGAUCAUGUACCCAUGCAGUUCUCAUCAGUAGCUUGAAACCAUCAAACAAAAGAAAUACCGACAAACUAAAUCUCUGCUGUUUUAGAAACUUCCCAGUCUAUAGGUAACAAUUCCCCUCCUGAGGAUUCGGAAGACUUUUUCCAGCCCACUUGUAUCACCUCUAUGCCUUUAUCAGCUCCAGAGCACUUGGCAAAGGCUCUUGGCAGGAUGCAACCUGUUGCAACUUCACUUUUCAGACCAUGGUGUGCAAGCUGUCAUGUAGGCAUCUGUGGACCAGGUCUGAUUUUUGAGGUAAAUACAGUACAAAUUGAUUAUCUUAAAAGUUUAUAUUGGACCAAAGCAAUAAUAUCACAGAGAAAUAUCUCUGAUGCUACAGCUGGAAGCAUCUUUCCUAGUUAAACGAGUUACGUUCUUCACCCCAAAUUCUGGCAUUCUCCUUUUGUAGAAUAAUAAAAGCUAGCAGUUUCUUUACCAACACGUUGUAUCUGUAUUUGAGCUUUGAAAGGGCGGGUAUGUUCAGAAGAUGGGCAGGAAAUCAUUUGUAUUUACUGCUUGAGGAAUAGGUUGCCAUCCAAUCCGAGUCUUUAAAGCUGGUGGUUUUUAAAGACAAUCCACUUGUCGUUGCACUUAUGUUUUCAAGUGGCAAAACUUUUACUGCAAAGACAGUGUGUCAAAGUACACUGCUUUCUGUAUAAAAGUCAUCCUUUUGUUGUAUUGGUCCAUUAUUUACUACCAUUAAUUGAAAAUGUGAAACCAACACAUAGGUCUCCUUUUGUAUAAAAGACCUUAAGAUAAUAGUAACAAACUGGAUGUUAUUUAUUAAUGUUUUGAUCCAGUAUGUGCUUGUCUUAUUUAAAGAGAUAACUGGAAUGUGAAUCAUGUUCCUGUGAUUUGUUGGUUUAUUGUUUCUCAUUCACAUUUGUAGAUAUUGUGACCUAUGCCUAUAUAAUAAAAAGGAUCUCAUUACUAUACUGUACUUUUUUAAUGAUGAAAACUACAUUAGCUUUGUAUCAAGUUUGUCAUGGCACAUAACUCUGAAUACUCAUACCUUCACAAAAUACAACUCCAUCGUUAAACUUUAUCUACCAAAAGAAACCCUACCCCACUUAAGCUUUGAUUACUUCCAUCCCUAAUGUUUUUAUGGAUGCAUGAAAGUAUUAGGAUGUAUGUAUAUCAAAAUAGUUAACUAAAAAAAAUUAAAAAAUUUCUUGUCAUAUCUGGUAGUGACAGAGGUUAUCAAUGUUCAGGUUUACUGUUUGACUAAAUUAUUGUAAUUUUUGUAAAUACAGUAUAUACUCAAUGAAAUUGUGACUGGUCUAAAACAUUUGUAUAUACAUUAAAAAGCUCAAAU